AUGGCCUGGACCCCUCUCCUGCUCCCCCUCCUCACUCUCUGCACAGGCUCCGUGGCCUCCUAGGAGCUGACACAGCUGCCCUCAGUGUCAGUGUCCCUGGGACAGACGGCCAGGAUCACCUGUGGGGGAGACAGCAUAGAAGACUACGGUGUGCACUGGUACCAGCAGAAGCCGGGCCUGGCCCCUGUGCUGCUCAUCUACGAAGAUAGCAACCGGCCCUCAGGGAUCCCUGACCGCUUCUCUGGCUCCAACUCGGGGAACACGGCCACCCUGACCAUCAGCGGGGCCCAGGCCGGGGACAAGGCUGACUAUUACUGCCAGGUGAAGUGGAAUGAAGGGUAUGUUGUGUUCGGCGGAGGGACUCGGCUGACCGUCACAGGUCAGCCCACGGUGACCCCCUCGGUCAUUCUGUUCCCACCCUCCUCUGAGGAACUCAAGGACAACAAGGCCACCUUGGUGUGUCUGAUCAGUGACUUCUACCCGGGCACCGCGAAGGUGAACUGGAAGGCCGACGGCACCCCCAUCACCCAGGGUGUGGACACCACCCAGCCCUCCAAACAGAGCAACAACAAGUAUGCGGCCAGCAGCUUCCUCAGCCUAUCAGCCGAUCAGUGGAAAUCCUACCAGAGAGUCACCUGCCAGGUCACGCACGAGGGCCAAGCCGUGGAGAAGAGCCUGGCCCCUGCAGAAUGUUCUUAGAGCCCCACCCUCACCCACCCCAGGAGCCAGGAGCUGCAGACCCCAGCAGGGUCUCACUUUGCCCCUACCCACCAUCAUCCCACCUUCCCCCUGCACCCAAUAAACU